GACUGUGUCGUUGUCCAAUCAGGUUGCAGAUGCUCCUGGCUCGUAAUUUUGAACAGACGGCGAGAAGGGAAGGAAGCUUACUAUUGAGGCGACUCAAUAACGCUUCUUCUCACACACUCGAAACAGAAUUGCUUGGAAAUGGAUACGUAUGAUCUGUCGUCCUAUUGAAAUGACCGGUUGCGUGAAUUUUGGAUAAUCAUGAGUUCGCACAUCGUCACCCCCGGGCCAUACCGAGCUACAAAGCUGUGGAAUGAGAUAACGCGUCUGUUCCGGGCUGGUAUGCCUCUGAAGAAGCACCGGCAGAAUUUGAGAAAUUACAGUUCCUGCUUCACGGCGCUCGCUGCUGUCGACUGGCUGCACCAAAUGCUUUGUAGCAACAGCAACUUUGGCCCUGAUGUCUCCAGGCAGCAGACCGUCCAGCUGCUCAAAAAGUUUCUAAAGAACCAUGUGAUAGAAGACAUAAAGGGCCGCUGGGGCACCGAAGAUCUGGAGGACAACAACACACUCUACAGGUUUCCAUCCACCUCUCCUCUGAAGACCAUCCCAUGUCCACCUGUGCCCUCAGCUUUCAAAGGCAUUAAGAAAAGGCCUUCACUUAGAGACAAAGAAGGUUUCUUCAGGUUUAAGAGCAUGAAGAAAAAUGAACAAGAGACUGAGGAAAAUCCCCAAGCAGAAGAAGAGAGCGAUCCAGAAGAGCCGAAACUACAGAGAAGAGAGCUGACUGGUGAUGAUGAACUGAAUAUCUGGAGGGACACCACCCUGACCCACCUGCAGAAGAUUCUCGGUGUUGCAUCACUUGAUGACGUGUUAGACCACCGUUCCAUAAACCCUCACAACAUCAUCCAUAACAUGAAUAAAGUCAACAAGCAUGGCGUGGUUACCCUUGAUGACAAGACCAAUGACCUUCCUCAAUGGGUUUUGUCAGCUAUGAAGAGCCUGGCCAAUUGGCCAAAGUAUGAUAGUGCGCAGCCAUCUUACCCAGGUUUUGAAAGGGAUGUUUUCAAAACAGUCUCUGAUUACUUCUACAGCCUUCCACAGCCAUUACUCACCUAUGAGUUAUAUGAACUCUUUAUCAACGUACUUGUGUACUGUGGGUAUGUUGCAGCCCCCACUGCCCACCAAGAUGGCAAACGCAAGACGCGCGAUCUUCCCUCAGCGCCCCCCCCUGCCAAGACAUCUUUUUGCUCCACAGAAUGUCUCCUCCUGUCACUGCUUAGGCAGGGAACAUGCGAUGAGACUGAGUCUCCCAUGAGUGAUGUGCUUGGCAGAAAAGUUCAGUCCCACCUGGCGGUGCUGAGAGGCACUCCUGCCAGUACAGAUGAUGGCCAGUUAGGAGGGAGCUUCAUGAACCUCAGCACUGCUGAUUGCUUGAGGUGCCAAACUAGAAGCUGCUCGCUGGAGACAGUCCUGUAUGACUCCAGCCUUCUUACCAAACAAAAGAUCUUUUUAUCCAAUGAUGGUCUGGCAUCCUGCUUCUCUGGCAGCAGGAGCCAAGUUAGCAACUGUCCGACUUUGUCGACAAAAACAUCCAUUCCAUCUGUAAUUGCUCCACACAGUUUUUCGAGGCAUUCUGUAGAUUCUGUGGCAGCACGGUCAACUCCACAGAGGGUACACACAUUGCGACCGAGGAGUGUGGGCAGCUGUCUGGACAUAGUUGUAGAGACCAGUGAAGAGUUCUUUAAGGAGAUGAACUGGGAAGGCCGAGCUGCCAGCUGCCUGAAUGUAAAUGCCACAGAGGACCAGCAUCACUUGCAUGUUACUACACUCCCUCUAUUGUCAUCCUCCCAACCUCACGUCAGUUUUUCGUCAUCGCCUACAACCAAAGCACACUCACCUCACGCUACUUCAGGACCUAGUGGGCCCCAACUGGCUUCCAGUGCAUCUAACCUUUGGACUCUCCCACGACCUGCUGUUGUCCGUCGCUGCCUCAGCUCUCUGGAUGUAUCUAAGUUUCCUCGACCCGCUUCCCUGUUUAAACCUGUCUGUGUCCCUUCAACCAGAAUGCAGCACCUCGAACCCAAAUCUGAGCACAGGCUUCUCCAGCCUCAAAGUGAGCGUGUGGGCAUUGAGGCCCUGCAGUUGUGCACACUACUGCUCCCUCCUGCGUCACGAAGGAAGUUGCAGCUCCUAAUGAGGAUGAUGUCUCGUAUUAGCCAGAAUGUGGAUAUGCCUCGCCUCCACCCUGCCAUUGGCACACGAACACUGAUGGUCCACACAUUUUCAAGCUGCGUUGUGAGCAGUGCUGAGGAGUGUGAAUUGGAUGAGCUCUUAGCUACCAGAUUAGUUUCCUUUUUAAUGGACCAUCAGCAGAGCAUCCUGUCGGUCCCUGAGUAUCUGGUCGGGGCUAUUAAUGACCACGUGCAGUACUUGCGCACAUCACAGGUACCAAUAGAUGAUGUUACUGACGUUGAUUGUGGCAACCCAGUCUCCGCUCCCCUGCCAAUGAACACCUUCUGCCGUCAGAUUAGUAAGGCUGAAUUUGAGCAGCAGAAGUCAUCAUGUUCUCAGAAGGCCAUGGAGGACUUACUAGAGAUGCUGAUGAUGGACCAAAACAUGACAGAGAAGGACAGACGCAAAAAGUUAAAGCAGUUUCAGAAGCAGUACCCUGACAUCUACAGUCGACGGUUCCCUUCCACAGAGAAACCGAAGAGGAAUGACACCAAACCAAAGAUUAAAGCUCCACUGCUAAUUAGGAAGACCAAACCUUUCAGUAUCAGGAGCUAAAAUGGUUGUCAUGAUGUCUGCGCUAUAACUGCACUCAUGCUGGUACCCGCAAAACCAAAAAGAUUUUGUUACAAUGGAAAAUGUUAGGGUUUUUUUUUUUUUUUUUUCCAUAUUUGUGGCACAAUUGAGAGAUUAAGUCAGACCAACAGAAAAUGCAGGGUUUUUUUUUUUUGUUUUUGCACAUUUAUCUCUUAUGCUCAAUGUUCUACAUGGUUAUUGUGUGCAUUCAGGUGUUCAGCAUUUGUACAUUUGGGAAAAAGAUUAGCGAUCUUUGAAUAUAAAGGAAUGAUGCUAGUGGGAGCAAAAAAGAUUAGCGAUUUUUUUCAAUAUAAAGGAAUGAUGCUGGCGGGAGCAACAUUAGAAGUCUACUUGAAAACAAUUUGCUUGUCUAAACUGUUUUUGACGCAACAUUUUGUAACGCUUACUAAUUUAAAAUGUCCAGUUCCUGUAUCACUUUUGCGAUUUAGUUUUUUUUUUUUUUCCUCAUUACAAAACUGGGAAAGGUUUAAGCUUCAGAUUUUUGCAGUCGACUUGUAUGUAUACUGUAUCUUUGUUUUUGGCUAGUGAUUAUUUGGAUUUAUAAUAAUCCAUACAAGUUAGCGCCUGCUUGCUCUUGAGUCUAAGGUUAGGCAAAUCAUUAAAUUCAAACGUUACUUUGAAUCCAGAUUUCAUGUUAUAUGGUAUUUAUUGCUCUGAGCCUACAUGAAGUAUUAUCUUACAGUAAAUGGAUGUUUGUAUGUCUGACUCUUGUGUGCACUGUUUAUGAUGCUCUACACAGUUUUACUUGUUCCUCUACAACUAUGCAAAUUCCAUUGGAAUAAAGACAUUCAGCUAUU